AUGACUGAUGACACGGCUGCCUCCGACUUUACAACCCCAAGAUCGAUCUCCAGCACUUGCGCAUCAUCUGGCCGUUUCCUGAAUGCCGACUCCUUUGCGCUCCACUGCCUGAGCGAACGAUCUCCAAGCGGGCCCCGAAAGCCACCGCAGCCCACCAUUGGAGUCAGCGCGGUAACCGCGAAGCUGGCUCAGCGAGAGGUCGAAGAAUCGGAGCCAUUCGAGCGGUUGUACCACACCCAUACAUACGACUUGGAAGAGUUGAACGAAGAGGAGGAAGAAGAAGAACAACAACAACAGAGAAAGCUGGAAGGGCAGGAGGAGGUUUUGACAGAAGUCGAAGAACUCGGACGAGCAGAGCCUGGUGCAGAAGUCCGUCCCGGAUUCCCUCGUGGCCUCUCCGCUGCUUUCGAAAAGGCCUGUCGCAUUGACGAGGUCGCUCUGGACGAAGAGCUAGAAAUGUCGUCCUCCAGCCAGACACCGGAGACCUGGAUCAAUGCAUUUUGCUCGCUCACGGGUCACGAGUACUUUGCUGAAGUGGGCGAGGACUUCAUUGAAGAUGACUUCAAUUUGACAGGGCUGCAGAACCAGGUGCCGAUGUACAAAGAGGCGCUGGAAAUGAUACUGGACGUGGAGCCUGAGGAUGCUUCGGACGAGGACGAGGACGAGGAGGAAGAGGAUGAUGACGAGGAGGAAGAGAUGCGGGAUGGGGGCUACCAUCCAGCCGACGCAGCCGCUCGCGCGGCAGAAAGGCGGCACCUGAGACUGGCGAGCGAUUUGAGCAUGAUUGAAAGCUCAGCCGAAAUGCUCUACGGGCUCAUACAUCAGCGCUUCAUCACAAGUCGAGCGGGCAUCCAGCAAAUGGCCGAGAAGUACGAAAUGGGCCAUUUUGGGCACUGCCCGAGAGUGUACUGCCACGGCGCCAAAGUGCUGCCAGUGGGCUGCUCGGAUAUACCGGGGCAGGAGACAGUCAAGCUGUUCUGUCCGAGCUGCUUGGACGUCUACACUCCGCCCAACAGCAGAUUUCAAACUGUCGAUGGAUCUUUCUUCGGGACGACAUUUGGCUGCCUUUUCUUCAUGACGUUUCCGGACAUGGAUGUGGGUGUCAACAAGCCAGCAGCGCAGAUUGACCCCUCCGCUCCGCAGAGCAAUAGCCUCGUAGGCACCACUGCGACCCGUCCACAAGCAAGCUCAUCGCUAGGUUCUCAUACAGGCGCCCCCAACGGCGCGACGUCCCAACCUCGUCCUAUACCUCCACAACCUGACAUGAUCAAUGGCGUUGCGCCCAAGAACCUUGCCCCCGGCCUAGGACCAGGCAAUAUCUACGAGCCGCGGAUAUACGGGUUCCGGGUUAGCGAAAUGGCCAAGACUGGCCCGAGGAUGAAAUGGCUCCGAAGUCGACCCGUAGACGUCAAUGAGCUGGACGAAUGCCGAUUAUGGGCGGAGAGCCAGGAAGCCGCUGCCAGUCAAGCGGACCUUGGAGACUCGGAGAUGGUGGAGGCGAACGAAGAGAUAGAUGAGGGAGAGAUGGAGGAUGAACAUAUGGCUGCAGAAGAGCAGGAUGAGGAGAGUAGGAGGGAAGAGGAUGAAGGGUAUGCUCAGCUGCGGGAAGUCACGACACAGAGGAAGAAAUCCGCGCGGAGAAGGAACAACGAUGUCAUGGUUAAUGGGAGUAGUGGUGUUACUGCUGUAAGGCAUGGACACCUUGGCUCUAUGCCAGAUCUGAAGAUACCCAUCCGAUCAGGCGUACACCGCAUUGCUGCUAUUGCACUGUACCGUGCUCUGCUUACACAAUGCAGAGCCGUACCGCUCGCAGAGGCUCAGAAACAUGAGCUCCAGAACAUUGUCCGCAACCGCUUCUCCUACUACCAGCGUCUACACAGCAUUCGUCGGCUAAGAGUGGCCUUUGAAGCUGGAUAUGAAGCCAUCGACCGCCUGGACAGUGCCAUCGCCGGAGAUGCAAAGAGCACGGCGUACAUCAAGUCUUUGCUCGAGCGAGCGCCUACACGCGCGAAACAAGCGCCGCUGACAUCGCGGCCAUAUCUCGAGCAACAGAAGCCCGCGAACGUUUCGCAAGAAACCGAUCAGCCUGAUCGCCCAAGAGUGUCGCUCCUCGAUCGACCACUCCCUCUGGAGAAGCUUUCCGGCAAGCGACACGUGCCAGUUCUGUUCAACGCCAACCGCAUCCCUGUGCUGCGCAUAAAGAAGCCUCAGCCUCAGUCGCUGUCACUGUAUAUUCACAAACGCAUUACACAGCGCCAAAAAUGGCACAAUCAGAGAAUGCAGCUAGAGAACCAAAGACCGCUCGCUGCGUGGGAAGAUGAGUGGGAUGAGCUGAUCUCGCGUACUCAUGCUGCGGCUAUGAGUGAUGCCGAGACAUCGGAAACUCGAGGAAGAGAACGACGUAGUUGGGCGAGUACCAUAGACGAGGCGUGGGACACGGUGGUGGGCAAGAUCGAGGCGCAGAAGGAGAAGGAUAUGGUUACGGCUGAGAAGAUGCAGGCAGUAGUUGAUCGCGAGAGGAACUUGCUUGAGCAAGAGAAGCAGGAGAGACGAGAGGCGAGUCGGCUGAAGAAGGAGCAGGCCGGUGACAAUGGUCUGCUGGCCAACUUGAAACAGCCCAGUGAUCAACCGUCGAAGUGA